AUGGAGGCCUUGGCAGGUAAUUCGUCUACCGCUGCGGCGGUGACUUUCAUUACCUUCGUUCAAGACCUCAAACGAAAGACCAAGACAUGGGGGCCAAUGAUUGAACUCUGCGCUUCGGGCGAAAAGACCCUUGAACGCUUUCGAUACCAGUUCCCCGAUGAUUGGCUAUACAGCGACCAGCUUCGUGGAGAAUGGAGUGCAUACAACGAGAUCUUGAAGAGGAAGAAUGAUUCGAUUCAAGAGCAGCUUGCGGGGCUACAGUUGAAGAUUGUUGCGGAAGACAAAAUUGUGGAGAACAAGAUCAAUGAUAUCCUGACGGAGUGGGAACAGACGCGCCCUGUGCAAGGCAACAUGCGUGCCGAUACCGCCAUGAAUACCAUCAAUGUAUUCGAAGGCAAGCUGAACCGCGUGCAAGAAGAGUACGAUCUCGUCUGUCGUGCCAAAGAGGCUCUCGAUCUCGAGCUUACCCGUCACACCCGCUUGGAGCCUGUGUUCGAGGAGCUCCGGGACCUCAAGGCCGUCUGGACAGCAUUAUCAGGGAUUUGGAGCCAGAUUAGCGAGCUGCGCGAGCUCACCUGGGCGACGGUGCAGCCGAGGAAGUUGAGACAACAUAUCGAUGGACUGUUGAGCAGCACCAAGGAUAUGCCAACACGGAUGAGGCAGUAUGCCGCCUUUGAAUACGUGCAGGAUGUUCUGCGGGGGCUGUUAAAGUCGAAUGCACUCAUUGGGGAGAUGAAGAGCGAAGCUCUGAAGGACAGACACUGGAAACAGUUGUUCAAGUCGCUGAGGAUGCCAUCCCAGCCUAGUCUGACGUUAAUGACACUGGGGAAUGUCUAUGAUUUGGAUUUGAAGAAGAAUGAGAGCUUGAUCAAGGAAGUCAUCGUACAAGCUCAAGGAGAGAUGGCUCUUGAGGAGUACAUUAAACAAGUGAAGGAGAUUUGGACCAACUAUACCCUAGAUCUUGUCAAUUAUCAGAAUAAAGGCUGGGAUGAUCUUUUUAAUAAAUGUGGCGAAAAUUUGAACUCGCUUGUCGCAAUGAAGUUGUCGCCAUAUUAUAAAGUAUUCGAGGAGGAGGCUAGCUCUUGGGAGGAAAAACUCAACCGCAUUCAUGUCCUCUUCGAUGUCUGGAUCGAUGUCCAACGGCAGUGGGUCUACCUGGAGGGUAUCUUCUCGGGCAGUGCCGAUAUCAAGCAUCUCCUCCCCGUUGAAAGCGCUCGGUUCCAGAACAUCAAUACCGAGUUUCUGACUGUCAUGAAGAAGGUCUACAAAUCGCCAUUUGUCGUCGAUGUCAUGAACAUUCCCGGUAUCCAGAAGAGCCUCGAACGCCUUGCCGACCUCCUUAACAAGAUACAGAAAGCGCUCGGAGAGUACCUUGAGCGCGAACGUGCAUCGUUCCCUCGCUUCUACUUUGUCGGUGACGAGGAUUUGCUCGAAAUUAUAGGAAACAGCAAGGAUAUCUUGCGUAUCAUGAAGCAUCUCAAGAAGAUGUUUGCUGGUAUCUCCACCAUCAUGCUGGACGAGGAAUUAACGCAGAUUCAGGGCAUGGCGUCGCGAGAGGGCGAGGAAGUUGUGUUCAGGGAGCCGAUUCUGCUCAAGGACUUCCCGAAAAUCAAUGACUGGCUAGCCAAGAUCGAGUCGUCGAUGAGAGUAUCCUUGGCACAGCUCCUGUGCGAUGCUGUGGACGAGCUUCAAACCUUCUAUGGUAAUGGUGCUACUUUGCCUAUGGACAGGUUCAUCGAAUGGGUGGAGAAAUUCCCCGCUCAGCUUGUCACGCUUGCGAUCCAGGUAGCAUGGACUGCCUCUAUCGAAGCUUCGUUUGAAGCUAUCAACUCACUUGAAGGUCCGCUUGACACCAUCCGUCAAAGCCUCGACCUUCUUGCAGAUGUAGUUCUCACGGAAUUGAGCUCCGUCACCCGCCGGAAAUGCGAGCACCUCAUCACCGAGCUUGUGCAUCAGCGUGAUGUUACCCGCCAGCUCAUUCAGCAGAAGGCAACCGACAACAAGGCGUUCUCCUGGCUUUACCAGAUGAGGUUCUACUUAGACCGCAUGGCCGAAAAUCCUUUGGACUGCCUUGCCAUCCGCGUCGCCGACGCGUCCUUCCCUUAUGGAUGGGAGUACCUCGGAGUGACAGAUCGCCUCGUGCAGACACCCCUUACAGAUCGCUGCUAUCUGACACUCACUCAAGCACUAGAUAAUCAACUGGGCGGUGCGCCGUUCGGGCCUGCAGGGACAGGCAAAACUGAGUCUGUCAAAGCGCUCGGAGUACAACUUGGACGAUUCGUGCUCGUCUUCUGUUGCGAUGAAACAUUUGAUUUCCAGGCGAUGGGGCGCAUAUUCGUGGGGCUCUGUCAAGUUGGCGCAUGGGGAUGUUUCGACGAGUUCAAUCGAUUGGAAGAAAGAAUUUUGAGUGCGGUCAGUCAGCAAGUACAAAGCAUUCAGCAGGGGCUAGCGGCAUUGGUGAAGAACCCGAACACGGAGAUCGAGCUGGUUGGAAAAAGUUUGAAGAUCAACAAGAACAUCGGUAUAUUCAUCACCACCAACCCGAACUACGCUGGCCGCUCUCAGUUGCCACCUAACUUGACCAAGCUCUUCAGGCCUAUGGCUAUGACUCGUCCUGAUCGCGAGCUCAUUGCUCAGGUCAUGUUAUUCUCACAAGGUUUCCGUACCGCGGAGUCCCUGGCCUCAAAGAUCGUACCCUUCUUCAACCUUUGUGAUGAACAGCUAUCACCUCAACCCCACUAUGACUUCGGUCUGCGUGCUUUGAAGGCAGUCCUCGCUAGUGCUGGUAUUCUGAAGCGUGAGCGCCUGCAAGCGGUUCGUGACUCUGGAGAAGCUGCGGAUGUUGGAGGACUCUCGGAUACCAUCUCAGAACAAGUUAUUUUAAUCCAAAGCGUUACAGAAACCAUUGUGCCGAAGUUGGUGGCUGACGACGUACCACUCUUAACAAGUCUUCUGGCUGACGUAUUUCCGGGCACUGAUUAUGUCCCAGUUAAUCUCGACGCUUUGCGCGAACAGAUUGGGAAGGUCUGCGAAGAACGUCGUCUCGUUCAAGGCGAGCGCUGGGUAUCAAAAAUCUUGCAACUGUAUCAGAUCCAGAAGAUCCAGCACGGUCUCAUGAUGGUUGGAUCAUCGGGAAGUGGGAAGACAAAUGCGUGGCAAGUACUCUUGGCUGCGUUGGAGCGUCUGGACGGUGUUGAAGGAGUCGCAUAUGUCAUUGACCCCAAGGCGAUGCAUAAGGAUGCUUUGUACGGGACGCUCGAUCAAACGACGCGCGAAUGGAACGAUGGACUUUUCACGCACGUUCUGCGAAAGAUCGUAGAUGAUGUCCGUGGCGAAAGCGGGAAGAGGCAUUGGAUCAUUUUCGAUGGUGAUGUCGAUCCCGAGUGGGUGGAAAACUUGAACAGUGUGUUGGACGACAAUAAGCUCCUGACGCUGCCCAACGGCGAGCGACUUAAUCUCCCUUCGAAUGUCCGCAUUAUGUUCGAGGUCGAGCACCUCCGCUACGCGACUCUUGCUACCGUCAGUCGGUGUGGUAUGAUCUGGUUCAGCGAGGACAUCGUGGAACCUUCCAUGGUCUACCGCCAGUAUCUUGACACCUUGGGUUCUGUCCCUCUUGAUGCCGAAGAUGACGACGCACUGGACAUCCCUGGGCGGCGCGCAGACGAUGCGAACUCUGACGCCAUCAGUGCAAAUAUUAUCACUCAGAAGCAAGUGGCCGGUAUCCUUGAGCGAUACUUCUCUGAGGGCGAGCUUGUCAGUAUUGCACUAGAAUAUGCAUCAUCCAUUGAGCACAUUAUGGACUUCACUACGACUCGCGCCCUCAACACUCUAUUCUCCCUCCUCAACAAAACCGCCCGGAACAUCCUCGAGUAUAAUGUCCAGCAUUCCGACUUCCCGCUGCCUCCUGAGCCGCUCGAACAAUACGUUAGCAAGCGACUUCUGAUCAGCAUCAUAUGGGCUUUCUCUGGUGAUGCUAAGCUGGACUUGCGGGCAGAAUUAGGCGAUUUUCUCAGCAAGCAGACAGGGAUCGACCUGCCUCCACUGGGCCCUGGAAGUUCACUCCUUGAUUUCGAUGUUCAGGUCGCGAACGGUGAAUGGUCUGCUUGGGCAGCCAGGGUCCCGCAGAUCGAAAUCGAAGCUCAGGCCGUCACCGCCUCUGACGUAGUUGUUCCCACAAUGGAUACCGUUCGACAUGAAGAAGUCCUUUAUUCGUGGCUCUCAGAACACAAACCUCUUAUGCUCUGUGGUCCUCCCGGUUCCGGCAAGACGAUGACUCUGUUCAGUGCUCUUCGAAAACUUCCCGAUAUGGAAGUCGUAGGUCUGAACUUCUCCAGCGCGACGACUCCGGAGUUGAUACUGAAGACCUUUGAGCAAUAUUGUGAGUAUCGGAAAACUCCUAACGGCGUCAUCCUGGCUCCUGUACAGCUGGGCCGAUGGCUUGUCGUUUUCUGCGAUGAGAUCAACCUACCGGCCGCUGAUAAGUACGGAACGCAGCGAGUUAUCUCGUUCAUCCGACAAUUGGUCGAAUCGGGCGGUUACUGGCGGACCUCCGACAUGUCUUGGGUCAAAAUGGAGCGCAUUCAGUUCGUCGGUGCUUGUAAUCCCCCAACGGAUCCUGGCCGUGUCCCUCUCAGUCAUAGAUUUUUGCGACAUGCGCCGUUGGUCAUGGUUGACUAUCCUGGCGAGGUAUCGCUCAAACAGAUCUACGGCACAUACAAUCGCGGAAUUCUUAAGGUGGUUCCCAAUCUGCGUACAUACGCUGAACCCCUUACAGACGCCAUGGUCGCGUUCUACCUGGCCUCGCAAAAACGCUUCACAACAGAUAUCCAGGCACACUACGUUUAUAGUCCUCGUGAGCUGACACGCUGGGUCCGUGGUAUCUACGAAGCCAUCCGUCCGCUAGAAGUGCUCUCUGUGGAAGGCCUCGUUCGUGUUUGGGCACACGAAGCACUCCGCCUAUUCCAAGAUCGUCUAGUUGCAGAGGACGAGAGGCAGUGGACUGGCGACAACAUUGAUAACACUGCAUUGGAGCAUUUCCCUACGAUCAACAGGGAUGAGGCUCUCGCAAGGCCUAUCUUAUUCUCCAAUUGGACUUCAAAGAACUAUAUUCCUGUGGAUCGCGAGGUGCUACGUGAAUAUACCAAAGCCCGUCUACGCGUCUUUUACGAAGAAGAGUUAGAUGUACCCCUCGUGCUUUUCAAUGAUGUCCUCGACCAUGUCUUGCGAAUCGAUCGUGUUUUCCGUCAAAUCCAAGGGCAUCUCUUACUGAUUGGUGUCAGUGGCAGUGGGAAGACAACCCUAUCUCGUUUCGUGGCAUGGAUGAACGGCCUCAGCAUCUUCCAGAUCAAGGUAUCGAACAAGUAUACAGGCGACGACUUUGACGAGGAUCUGCGUACUGUUCUCCGACGUGCAGGCACCAAGGGAGAAAAAGUCUGUUUCAUCAUGGACGAGUCAAACGUCCUUGACUCUGGUUUCCUUGAGAGGAUGAAUACGCUCCUCGCCAAUGCUGAAGUUCCUGGAUUGUUUGAAGGCGACGAACACUCGGCCCUGAUGACGGCCUGCAAGGAAGGCUCUCAACGGGAUGGUUUGAUGCUGGACUCGCAUGAGGAACUUUAUCGUUGGUUCACACAGCAAGUCGCCAAGAAUCUACAUGUUGUAUUCACCAUGAAUCCGCCAGAGAAUGGGCUCGCUUCCCGUGCAGCGACAUCACCCGCUUUAUUCAAUCGCUGUGUCCUUGACUGGUUCGGUGACUGGUCCGACCAAGCCUUCUAUCAAGUUGGCAUGGAGUUCACACACACCUUAGACCUUGAUCUAUCUUCUUACCAGCCUCCUGCCAUGUUCCCUAUUGCGUAUCGCGAGCUAUCCAUGCCACCGAUCCACCGCACAGCGGUCGUCAACGCCCUUGUACAUGUUCAUAUGUCUUUGUAUCAGAUCAAUCUGCGACUCAGCCGGAGACAAGGCCGCUACAAUUAUGUGACCCCUCGUCAUUAUCUAGAUUUCAUCAAUCAUUAUGUCCGUCUCUACAAUGAGAAGCGCGACGAACUGGAAGAGCAGCAACGGCAUCUUCACGUUGGGCUUGAUAAGCUUCGCGAUACCGUCACACAAGUCGAGGAGCUUCGGAAAAGUCUUGCCAUCAAACGUACUCAGCUCGAGGCCAAGAAUGCAGAGGCAAAUGAAAAACUCAAACAAAUGGUUUCUGACCAGCAGGAAGCCGAGCAGAAGAAGGCUGCCUCCAUCGAGAUUCAAGCCGCACUCGUGAAACAAGAUAAGCAUAUUGAACAGCGUCGUUCGAUCGUCAUGGCGGACUUGGCCGAUGCUGAACCGGCUGUCCUCGACGCUCAAGCAGCAGUCAGCAGCAUCAAACGGCAACAACUCCAGGAAGUGCGGACGAUGGCAAAUCCUCCAGAGGCGGUCAAAUUGGCCAUGGAAUCUGUUUGUACGAUCUUGGGCCACAAGAUUGACAGCUGGCGUACUGUUCAGGGCAUUAUCCGCCGCGACGACUUCAUCCUCAGGAUCGUUAACUUCGACACGACGAACCAAAUGACCAAGCAACUACGGGAGGUGAUGAAAAAAGACUUUCUUAGCCGGCCUUCGUUCAACUUUGAGACUGUGCAACAUGCCAGUAAAGCUUGCGGACCUCUUGUCAAAUGGGUGCUUGCGCAGGUCCGCUUUUCAGAAAUCUUGGACAAGGUCGAACCACUGCGCAAUGAGGUGCAGUCACUGGAGACUCAGGCGGAGCAGACUAAGCAACAGGCUGCAACAAUCAUCACAAUGAUCUCAGAGCUAGAAGCCUCGAUCACGAAGUACAAGGAAGAAUAUGCAUUUCUCAUUAGCCAAACCCAGGCGAUCAAGACCGAAAUGGACCGCGUUCAAGGCAAGGUCGACCGCAGCAUGAAGCUCCUGGAAAGCUUAUCCUCGGAAAGAGCUCGUUGGGAGUCUGGCAGCCGAACUUUCGACGCGGAGAUGAGUACUAUUGUCGGCGAUGUGUUAUUGUCGGCGGCCUUCUUGGCGUAUGGCGGAUUCUUCGACCAGCAUUAUCGUGAAGUCAUGUGGCAGGAAUGGAUGAAUCAUCUGGUUGAAGCGAAUAUCAAGUUCAAGCCGGAGCUCUCUUUCACCGAAUACCUCUCGACUGCUGACGACCGUCUCAGUUGGCAAUCGAAGGGAUUGCCCUCCGACAACUUGUGCACAGAGAAUGCGAUUAUGAUGAGGCGAUUUAGCCGCUACCCGUUAAUCAUUGAUCCUACGGGUCAAGCCACUACGUUCUUACUAAACGAGUACAAGUUUCGCAAGAUUACUGUAACAAGUUUCCUCGACGAAGCCUUCCUCAAGGUCCUGGAGAGUGCCCUCCGAUUCGGGAACCCAUUACUGAUUCAGGAUGUGGAGCAUCUUGAUCCAAUUCUCAAUGCUGUGUUAAACAAGGAGAUUCGCCGGACUGGUGGCCGUGUUCUCAUCCGUCUCGGAAGUCAAGAUAUCGACUUCUCUCCGUCUUUCACAAUGUUCCUAUCUACUAGGGAUCCCUCCGUUGAGUUCUCGCCGGACAUCUGCAGUCGUGUAACCUUCGUCAACUUCACCAUGACUCGCAGCAGCUUGCAAAGCCAGUCCUUGGAUCAGGUCUUGAAGGUCGAGAGGCCAGAUACAGAGCAGAAACGAACAGAUCUCAUGAAGGUUCAGGGCGAGUUCCGUGUGCGUUUGCGGACGCUCGAGAAACUCUUAUUGCAGGCUCUCAAUGAGUCUUCAGGAAAUAUACUCGACGACGAUAAGGUCAUUGAUACACUGGAGACUUUGAAGCGCGAAGCAGCGGAGAUCACUCGGAAGGUAGAGGAAACCGACCUCGUCAUGAGAGAAGUCGAACAAGUCACUGCUGAAUAUCUACCCUUAGCACAAGCGUGUAGCUCCGUCUUCUUCAUCCUGGAGCAACUGAACUUAGUCAACCACUUCUAUCAAUUCUCAUUGCGCUUUUUCCUCGAUAUCUUCGACUAUGUGCUUCAUCAUAACCCCAAUCUCCACGGCAUCACUGAUUAUAGCGCCCGCCUCGAUAUUCUUUUGAAAGAUCUCUUUCUCGUUGUUUACAGACGGACGUCUCGGGCACUUCUCCAUCGCGACCACGUUAUGCUUGCGGUACUUCUGGCCCAGGUCAAGCUCCGCGGUAUGGAAGAGAUCUCGGACGAACUAGAAUUCUUGCUGGAGAGUGGGAACGGAGCCGUCACCGUUGGAGGCCAAGCGGGCGCGAAAAUUGCGGUUUUGACUUCCGAUCAACAGCAACGCCUCGAUACUUAUGCCAAACAGUCCCUCUUCAAGCCUGUUCAGGCACACAUCCUGGAGCAUGAAAGUGACUGGAUUCCUUUCCUAGAGUCAGGCAACCCUGAGCUUUCUGUGCCUUCACCAUGGAACCCUAGCACUCCUGCCGUUGAAUCGAUUCGUUCAUUAUUGAUCAUCAAAUGUUUGCGUCCUGACCGCCUAUUGCAAGCUACCGCCGCUUUUGUGAAGGUUGUCUUCGAAACCGACAUCUCCGUCGAGUCUGCUUAUGACCUUGCCGCCAUGGUCGCCAAUGAAGUACCAGCUCAGACACCAUUAGCACUAGUCUCUGUAGCUGGAUACGAUGCAAGCUACCGGAUCGACAAUCUCGUGUCCAACACCCAGACACGGUGCUCUUCUGUCGCGAUGGGUUCACAAGAAGGAUUUGCGCUAGCCGACCAAGCCAUAGGCGUGGCAUCGCGCCAAGGCACAUGGGUCUUACUCAAGAAUGUUCAUCUUGCUCCACAAUGGCUUGGACAGCUGGAGAAGAAAUUGCAGACCCUCAAUGCCCAUCGCAACUUCCGCCUAUUCCUUACCAUGGAGGCUAACCCCUCCAUCCCCGUCAAUAUACUUCGUCAGUCCCGUGUCAUUAUGAAUGAACCUCCACCAGGUAUCAAGGCAAACCUUCUCGAUUCAUUGCGCAGUAUUACCUCUGCACGUCUGUCCCAGGGUCCUGUGGAGAAGGUCCGCUUAUACUUCUUGCUUGCCUGGUUCCAUGCGGUUGUCCAGGAACGUCUUCGAUAUGUCCCUCUCGGGUGGAGCAAAUCCUAUGACUUCAAUGACUCGGACAUGGCAGCAGCAUUUACCACGAUAGAUGCUUGGCUGCACUCUAUUGCCAAGGGGCGUGCGAACGUCGACCCGGAACAGAUCCCUUGGGACGCCCUCCGAACACUCAUCAAGCAAUCCGUUUACGGAGGACGUGUUGAUAGCGACUUCGAUCAGAAAAUCAUUGAUGCUUUCGUGGAUGGGUUAUUCACCUCUGCAGCUUAUAACGUCGAUUUCAACCUUGUCCCUAAAAUCAAUGGUACAGAGGUCCUGACUGCGCCGGAAGGGACGAAAUUGGAUCACUUUUUAUCUUGGGUCAAGGGUCUACCAGAGCGUGAACCACCGUCAUGGUUAAGCCUGCCGCCAACCGCUGAGCGAGUGAUCGCUGUUGCACAAGGCAACGAGUUACUGGGAAAAUUACGCAAGAUGAGGACUUUGACUGACGAUGAUGAUGACACCGCCUCUACUGCGGGACCUUCCAAGGGGCAAACGUCACAGCAGCCGGCCUGGAUGCGAGCACUUCUUGAACGUUGCCGUGAAUGGCUCACACAGCUGCCUUCUACCUUCAAUGUUCUACAAAAGCAAUCAGGGGACAACUCGGAUCCCUUGUAUCGUCUGUUCUCUCGCGAGGGGAGUAUUGGCCAAAAAUUGCUCAAUCAAGUCCGCAAGGAUCUUAUCGAUGUAGUCAAGGUUUGUGGAGGCGAGCUGAAGCAGACUAACCAUCUGCGAACGCUAAUGAGUUCGCUGACGAAAGGUACUAUUCCUGAUCACUGGCGGCGAUACAAAGUAAAGAAGACGAUGUCCGUGUCGGAGUGGAUACCCGAUCUAGGCCUCCGACUCGCCCAGCUGGACAAUCUUGCGACUCUGGACAACUUGUCUAAUGUCGAGAUAUGGCUUGGUGGGCUGUUCUUCCCAGAAGCCUAUAUCACCGCGACUAGGCAGGCAGUUGCCCACCGCAAGAAGUGGAGUCUGGAGACCUUGCAUAUGCGGCUGGACAUUGAACGGGUCAACGAUCCCAGCGCGUUCAUUGUGGAUGGCCUUGCUCUGGAGGGCGCUUCGUGGAUUGAAGAACAGCUCGUGCUCAAUGAUGGUGAAUCUGUUCGCUUGAACCCUUCCCAGAUCCGCUGGAUCCAGGACGAUGACUCUGAUGUCGAAAAGGAGAAGUUCGUAAACUUGCCAGUAUAUCUCAACAACGAUCGCAGCGACGUUCUCUUCACGGUUGACCUUCCAUUCGAUAAUAGCGCAGGAUCGUUAGUGGCUACGCGGGCGGUGUGCCUCACAGCAGGUGGCUAGAUGUCUAGAGCAGUUAGUUCUGAUGGACAUUCUUGAUGGAUAAUUUACUUAGUUUACCCUCGUUUACCCUCGUUUUUUUUGGAUACUAUACAUGUAUUUCACGACUUGCGAUGAUCUCUAAUGAAUUCAAAACUUCGUUUUCACUU